AUGGCACAGCCUUCCAAGCUGCUGAGCCUGCUGCUGCUGCUCCUGCUGCUGCUGGGCCCCCCAACCACCGCAGGCAUGGAGGACCCGACUUUCCCCCACCUGGGGGAGAGCUCGCAGCCCCCACCCCGGGCCUGCCCCCCACGCUGUUCCUGCCCCCGAGCUGACACAGUGGACUGUGAUGGCCUGGACCUGAGGGUGUUCCCCCACAACAUCACCAAGGACGCUCAGCAACUCUCCCUGCAGAACAACCAGCUCCAGGAGCUCCCCUACAACGAGCUGUCCCGCCUCAGCAGUCUCCGAACCCUCAAUCUGCACAACAACCGCAUCUCCUCAGAGGGCCUGCCCGACGAGGCCUUUGAGUCCCUCACCCAGCUGCAGCACAUCUACGUGGCCCACAACAAGCUCUCGGUGGCCCCCCAGUUUCUGCCUCGUUCCCUCCGAGUAGCGGAUUUGGCUGCCAACCAAGUGACGGAGAUCUUCCCACUCACCUUUGGGGAAAAGCCUGAGCUCAGGUCCGUGUACCUCCACAACAACCAGCUGAGCAACGCUGGCCUGCCCCCCGAUGCCUUUCAUGGCUCUGAGGCCAUCACCACCCUCAGCCUCUCCAACAACCAGCUCAGCUACCUGCCACCCAGCCUGCCACCCUCUCUGGAGCGGCUCCACCUGCAGAACAACCUCAUCUCCAAGGUACCCAGAGGAGCUCUGAGCCGCCAGACACACCUCCGUGAGCUCUACCUCCAACACAACCAGCUGACGGACAGUGGCCUGGAUGCCACCACCUUCAGCAAACUGCACCGCCUUGAGUACCUGGACCUGUCCCACAAUCGGCUGGCUACAGUGCCUACUGGCCUGCCCCGCACCCUGGCUGUGCUGCACCUGGGCCGAAACCAUAUCCAACAGGUGGAGGCAGCCCGGCUGCGUGGGGCAAGGGGACUGCGCUACCUGCUGCUUCAGCACAACCAGCUGGGGGCAGCUGGGCUGCCUGCAGGGGCGCUGCGGCCUCUGCGGGGCCUGCACACACUGCACGUCUAUGGAAAUAGACUGGAGCGCGUGCCCCUGGCACUGCCCCGCCGUCUGCAGUCCCUGAUGCUUCCCCACAAUCGUGUAGCCGCACUUGGAGCCCGUGACCUGGCUGCUAUGCCAGGCCUGGCGGAGCUCAACCUGGCCUAUAACCGCCUGGCCAGUGCCCAUGUGCACCACCGAGCCUUCCGACCACUGCGUGCCCUACGCACCCUUGACCUUGCAGGCAAUCAGCUGACUCGGGUGCCUACAGGUCUGCCUGCUGGCCUGCACACCCUGCGGCUGCAGCGCAACCAGCUGCGGACCCUAGAGCCUGAGCUGCUGGCUGGUUUGGACCAGCUGCGGGAGCUCAGCCUGGCACACAACCGACUCCGAGUAGGCGACAUCGAGCCAGGCACCUGGCAUGAGCUACGGGCCCUGCAGGUGCUGGAUCUCAGCCACAACGACCUGUCCUUCGUGCCUCCCGACCUGCCCGAGGCCCUUGAGGAGCUACACCUGCAGAGCAACCGCAUCAGCUAUGUGGGCCCCGAAGCCUUCCUCAGCACGCCAAGCCUGCGUGUCCUCUUCCUCAGGGCUAAUAAGCUUCACAUGACCAGCAUUGCGCCUGAGGCCUUCCUGGGCCUCCCACACCUGCGAGUGGUGGACACCACGGGUAACCCUGAGCAGGUCCUGAUUCGGCUGCCACCUACAGCACCACAUCGGCCACGGGCAGGGGGCCCUUGA